AUGGGGCGCUCCCUGCUGGGUUGCCGCCGCGGACGAGCCAUCCGCGAUGCUCAAGCGCACGCCCUGGCGGCCGACGAGACGACGUGCAUCUUUGGCGAGGACGUGGCGUUUGGCGGCGUCUUCCGGUCGACGGUCGGUCUGGCCGAGGAGUUUGGGCGGGAGCGCGUCUUCAACACGCCGUUGUGCGAGCAGGGCCUGGUGGGCUUUGGCAUCGGCAUGGCCGAUAUGGGCCACACGGCCGUGGCCGAGGUCCAGUUUGCCGACUACAUCUUCCCCGCCUUUGACCAGAUUGUCAACGAGGCGGCCAAGUACAACUACCGCUCCGGCGGCAUGUUUUCGGCGGGCAAGCUCACCAUCCGCUCUCCCUGCAUGGCCGUGGGCCACGGCGCCCUGUACCACUCGCAGAGCGUCGAGCAGUUUUUCAUGGCCGUCCCCGGCGUCAAGGUCGUCAUCCCGCGCUCGCCCAUCCAGGCAAAGGGCCUGCUGCUCGCCUCGAUCCGCGAUCCCAACCCCGUCAUCUUCCUCGAGCCCAAGGUCCUCUACCGCGCCUCGGUCGAGCAGGUGCCCGAGGACGACUUUACGCUGCCCCUCUCCAAGGCCGAGGUCAUCGAGCCGGGCAAGGACAUUACGCUCCUCUCGUGGGGCACUCCGCUCUACUCGUGCGUCGAGGCCAUCAACAUGCUGCGCAACCCGCCCGCCUCGAUCGCAGAGCACUUCCCAAAGGACCUCCGCAACGCCUCGGUCGAGCUCAUCGACCUCCGCACCAUCCUGCCCUGGGACCGCGAGACGGUGGCCAAGAGCGUCGCAAAGACGGGCCGCUGCGUCAUCGUCCACGAGGCCCCCAUCACGGCGGGCGCCGGCGCCGAAAUCGGCGCCUACCUCCAGGACAAGUGCUUUCUCCACCUCGAGGCGCCCAUCUGCCGCAUCGGCGGCUGGGACACGCCCUUCCCUCACGUCCACGAGACUUUCUACAAGCCCGAGACGGUCCGCAUCGCCGACGCCCUCGUCCGCACCCUCUCGUACUAG